CUCCAAGAGUUUAGUGGAGAAACGGAAUGUGAGAAACAAGGGGCAUCCCUGGUUGGCAACUUGUAUUUGGAGAUUCUUUUUUCCCAUGCAGGGCAAUUCCAGAUGGUGUCAAAUCUUACAGCACAAAAAAGAUGGUCACCAGAGGAGGUUAUAGCCCUCCUUGUAACUUUAACUGACCACCAUCACGAUAAAGACAAUAUUUCUAUAAUGAAGAUUUUACAUCUGAUAGAAACAUACCAAGUGUUUUCUAGGUGGACAGAUGAGAAGAAUCAGUCUCUCCUUGAGCUCUUGAGUAUCCUUGAUACUAAGAAAGUGAUGCAGCAUUUGGAAAGAGGCUUUGAAGAGGAGGAAAUAAAAAGCCUUGAGUGUCUCUUUGAUGAAAUACGGCAGAUGAAAAACAUUGACGAAAAAACCCUGGAGAAGUCUUAUUCUAUAGUAAAGUGGGUUCAAAACAUGAUUAAAUCUGGUGAAAUCCAAAAACACACUAAUCUGAAGCAAGCUAAGAAGCUGAGUCAUAGCACAAACACGGAAGACUUACAGGAGAUCCUAGCAGUCUUAUGCAAUGCUGUACACGUGUGCAAUGCUGAAGAGAAGUGGUGGCCCAGAGCCACUCAGUUGACAAGCUGGUGCUUCUUGGCCUUGUCUGACACUGGAAAGCUUCUGGAAAUGGGAACUGGAGAGGGGAAGUCAUGUGUCAUAGCAAUGUUUGCAGCGCUGCGUGUAUUCCGGGGCGAAAAGGUUGAUGUGGUGUCUAGCUCAUCUGUUUUAUGUCAAAGAGAUGCAGAAGAAUGGCACAACUUCUACAAGUACUUUGACAUCACAGCUGACACAAACACAAACAAGACUAAAGAUGAGGAUAGAAAAAAAUGCUACCAGAAGGACGUGGUCUAUGGAACAAUUGAAACCUUUGCUGCAGAUCACCUUCGCCAGAUAUUUGAGAUGAAGGAUGUGAGAACAGAUCGCAGCUAUCAGUGUAUCAUCAUCGAUGAAGUGGACUCACUGCUGUUGGAUCAGGGAGUGCAGCUUACAUAUCUCUCCAGCCCCAUGGUCUCCAUGCAGCACCUGAAUGUUAUCCUGGCCAUGAUCUGGGGCCAUGCCAGCCAGUAUGGCUUCUUGUCCACAGGACACAUCACAUUCGUACAGGGUCCCCCUUCUUCAUUCCACAAGAGCAUAUUUGACUCAAUUGACAUGGAUGGAAUAGAUGACCCCAUGGACGUUUUACAUAUUGCUGAAGAGUCAGGGAUUGUGCCUAAGGGAUUUACAGAGGAAAUGUACAAUAGCGAAAAAGACAAACUUCUCAGGAAACUUAAAACUGUGAGUCAGGAUGACGUCAUCGAUUUUUUCCAAAAGAUUGAGCACUAUGUCCCCUAUGGUUUCACUGUGUACACGUUAGAUGAUAAAGGAUUGCUCUCUCUUAGAAAGACCACGCCGUACAACAACCCAGACAUUCCAGAACUUACAUUUCUUGUUUUGGAUGAUGGCUUAUGUUCUGCUCUCUAUGAUUCUGAGGAAGUUCUCGCCAAUCCCAUCACAGAAUUCAUCUUAAAAAAGAUUCAGUACACUCCAUGCACAAACAAUUCAGGGAAAAUCAGCAUCCCUGGAUUCUUGAAAAAUCUGAUCGAGAGUAAAUUGCCAGUUUGGGUUCAGAAUGCCUUUCUGGCAAAGAGACUUAGGCAAGGACGAGAGUAUGUUGUGGAAAAUGACUGUGUCUGUCCCGUUGACUACAGAUCCACGGGUAUCGUGGAAUUAAAUAAGAAAUGGGGUGAUGGCCUGCAGCAGUUUGUUGAGAUCAAACACCAAAUCAAAAUGAGCACGAUUUCAACAGUGACAAACUUUAUCUCUAACCUCUCCUUUUUUGAAAAAUACCAUGGGAAAAUAUAUGGGACCACGGGGACACUGGGGAGUGAAACUGACAUGCUGUUUUUGCAGGAUCUAUAUCCCAAUCUCUCAGCCUGUAAAAUGCCAACUUUUAACCGGAGGAAGUUAUUUGAGGUCAAGGGCAAUCUGGAGACUUCAGCUGAAGAGUGGAAAUCUAAAAUCACCCAUGUGGUUAUGGAUCAAGUUUGCCCAAAUUCAUACAGAGAGGGGAGAGCAGCCUUGGUGAUCUGUGAAACUAUUACCAAAGCCAAAGAGCUCUAUGAAGCGCUAAAAACUGUCAUCCCAGGUCAAAUCAUUCUUUACAGCCGGAGUGACAAAGACAGUUUGAGCAAAAUAGAUAAGAAACUGGAUCCUGGGGAUGUCAUUGUUGCCACAAACCUGGCUGGACGUGGCACCGACAUCAAAGUGUCUAACAAGGUGAACAAAAAUGGAGGAUUAUUUGUGGUCCUCUCCUUCCUUUCUGAGAACACAAGAGUGGAACUUCAGGCAUUUGGCCGAACUGCACGUAAGGGUAAACCUGGAUCUGCACAGAUAAUCAUGACCACUGAUCAUGUUCAGGAGUCCCUCAAGACAGUGUCUACUCUGGAGGAGGCAAAGGAAACAAGGAAUAGACUGGCAGCAGAAAGGACAAAUGACAUGACGGCUGAUGUAACUGAGAUGAAACUGCGGGAGGACCUUUUCGCAGAGUACUGCAAGACCCUCCAAGUAAUUUACAGGAACACCAAAGGAGAUGAGCGAAGAGUUGUUGUUGCCAUCAUGAAUGAGUUCUGGGGGAUUUGGUUGCAAACUAAAUCAGAGGAAAUUGACAACUUAAAAAGAAAUGAAUUGGAAAAGAGAUUGAAAGCUGAUUUGUCCCUGGCACAAAGUCAGUCUCAAAGUCAGACUUCCCCAUGCUCCAGCAUUUACCACUACAUCAAGUUUGGGAAUCUCGCACUGGGCGAAAAAAAAUGGGAUGAUAGCAUGAAGCUAUUUGAAAAAGCAAUGGGACAAGAUGAAUGUUGGGCAGCCAUAGCUUUUUACAAUCAUGCAUACUGCUCCAUAAAACAGCAGAAGGAAGAUUACCUGACUACGGCCAGCAAUGAUCUCAAGAAAGCACAGGAGUAUCUAAAGUACCUCAGUGAGGAAUGCUUGGUCUGCCUGCAGUUUGUAAAAAUGGCCUCUGUUGAAUUAAAAAGCAGUGAACAACCAACCAGCCUUGAGAAACAGUUAACAACCAAGUGCAACUUGUUCAACUACUUUGAUGAAAACAUUAGUCAGGCUAUUGAGAAGCUGAAGGAAAUAAAAGACAAAGGGAGGGAUGCAACAACUAAGAAAUUACCCAUGUUCUCCCUGGUGUCAAGCACAGAUGAAGAUUUCCAAAUAGAGGCCUACAAUCUGUACAGUAAAGGUCUGGAAUAUGUGUUUUCCGUGGAAGAGCAGCCUCGGUUCCCAUGGGAAGCUUUCCUUGUGUUCUGUCUCGGAAUUCUGCAGAUUGUUGGAGGGGCACUGCUCACUGCCUUUACGUUUGGAACAUUAGCUCAAGUCGGCAUGGGGCUGAUUGUUGAAGGAAUAUCAGACUGCAUCACUGGCAUUGAGUCCAUGAUUACUGGAGAAUUCAGUUGGCAAUCAUGGGCUAUAGGAAAAGCAAUAUCUAUUGGUAUUUCUCUCAUUGGGUUUGGGGUUGGAAAGCUGAUUUCAAAGGGCUUCAAAGCUACUGAAAUGUUGGUCAAGGGACUAGGAAAAAGACUUAAGUCAUUACCAAAGUUUUUCUCCAAACAGGUUAAAGAAGGCCUUAGUGUUAUGACAAAGACAAACAUGAAGAAUGCAGUGAAACAAACAGCAAAGAAAAUGGCAGAAGAAAUCAUUAGCUAUGCAUUUGGGAAGGCGGAAGAUGCUGCAUUGCAAGAAAUACUAAAAGGCAUUAAGAAUGAGAUGACAAAGGGUAUUGGAAAUGAUGUAAAAACCAACAUGGAAAAGGAUCCUUUGGCUGGAUUGGUAGACUCCAUUUUGCUCUCUCACCUUGAGGAUAAAAAGCAAAUGUCUGAUCUCCUGCAGGAUAAGAACAGAAAGAGCAAACUUCUGGGUAUUUUCAACCAGAUAAGCAAAACAGCCUUACAGCCAUUCUACGCUGACCUCGAAUCGCAGAACAAGCUGAACUCAUCCAUCACUAAGGUGAUUGACAGUGCAGCAUCAGAGACCAAAGGCAAAACCCUUGUAGUUCUGAAAGUCAUUCAAGGCAUUCACAUGGCCACACUGGAAGCAGAAGCUACCUGUGCAGUCUCCCGGCUUUCAAGCCAGUUUUUCUCCAACCUUCACAAAGAGCUGAAUACAUUUGAAGAGAAAAAACAAUUGACAGAGAAAGUGAAACGAAAUGAUCUGUCUGCUUCAGAAUUGAAGAUCCUGGAAGACUUCAAGCAGGAUUUAGCCAACGAAACCAGUGCUUUAUUAGCAGAUGCUUUGGUAGAAGUGUUCCACCAAAAGUUUUCCAGUCACUUUGUUUCAAAGGCCGUAGGCCAAGUGAAUAAUACCAUUAGGGGUUAUGUAAGAACUGGCUUGAAGAGUGAAAAAACAGAGGACAAACUCAGGGCUGGACAAAACAACAGAUACAUCUCACACAUGUCAGUAGACAUGAAUUCAAAACGUAAACAGGACAAAGAGUCUGGUAAACGCUCAGAGUCUCAUGCUGAAAAGAUCAAGGACUCCUCGACAGCCACAACUAUUCUUGAUAUCAGAGUCCUAUCAGAAACCACUGGCACUAAGGUUAUCAUCCUAACACAAGACAGCCAUGGCAAGCUUACCAAAAUACAGGAGCUGAGCCCAAGCACCAAAUCUGCCAGUCAAACUGUGACACUGAUUUACACACCAAAGAGUUCACAACACCCAGACGGCCAUUAUGAUGUGUCCAUCAAUAAUAAGACUGUGAAAGUAACCACCAAAGAAAAGGGCAGCCUGUUUCAUGCUUUGGCACAAGGCUUGAAUCCAAAGGCCACCAAAGAAGAGAUUGCCUCGGAAGCAGGUCGUCUCCAAUCUUUGGAGGCUGACACUCUAGUGAAACAUUCAGAUCGAUGGGAGCCUUUCCUCAAGUACAAAGAGAGGACAGAUGAAAUCAGAGGAGGGGACUGGUAUAUGGAAAAGGAAGCUGGACUAAAAAAGACAGUAAAAGUAAACAAAAAGGUGAUCAAGGAUGGAAAAGUGAAAAAGUACAACAAUUGGAUAAAACAUGUAAACAGCAAGCCAAGCACUGGACAGUUCAUCAAAGCAGCUCACCAACCACCAAUGAGUAGUAUAACGCAAGCUGGAGAAUUGAACCAGAAUAGCAAAUUAGCAAAAGCCAUGCUUGAAGUGGCAACAAAGUCACCUGCUGAUGUGGAAAAUUACAAAGGACUUGGACUUCCAACUAUUUAUGUGCCAACAAAGAUACAACAUGAGUUUCCCAGUACAACAACAAAACAAUUCAGGGAACUAUUGGCUCGCACAAUCAGCCAGGAUAAUGUUGUUAGUGCCCUCAAACUGACCAUUCUAGGUGCAAUACCCAGAUUCAACUUCAAUAGUGCCAAGAACUACAGAGACUUUCAGAACAAACAAGUGAGUAAAACCAGGCUUGCCAUUUUCGAAAAUAACUUUGAGCAACAUUCUAAAGAUUUGGUCAACAAAUGGUUCAACCAUCUUCAAGAGAAGGGUGUCAUGACAAAGGCUGAUCUUGACACCCUUACUGGAUGGAUCAACAACAAGGGCUACGAGAAUCAGACUGACCCACACAGGAAGCAAGUCUCAAACCUCCUCUAAUGCAAAGUGAUCAAAUUCCAAUCAAAGAAGCCAAAGAACACAGUUGAAGAAUUCCUGGUCCGGAUAACUCAUCUCAAAUAGAUCGUGUUUCUUGCUCCUCAUUUCUCCUACAAAGGGAAGUUCAAAAGAAAAAAAAAAUGGGAUGAUUUAUUUCCCAUGAGAAAAAUUAUGGAUAAUCUGUUGUAGCAAAUGUUCUUAUAUUUCUUGGCUAUUUACUAAAAUGUGGAAAAAACCUGAUAAAGAUUCCACUCUGGCACAAAGUGGCAUAAAUGUGAAAGUUUGACCUUGUUUUUGUUUAUUCACUAAAACGUACACACAAGAGAUGACUUACAGUGAAUGAUCUAUUAUGGUAAGCAGUUCAUCUAACUGAAAAAUGUACUUGUGUUCCUUUUACAGUGGUAUAUUGACACCUGACAAUAUGGCUGCCAAAGAAGUCAGGAAAACUACAGAGGUCUAAAUACCUGUCUGACGUUCGUAUGGACGCCUGUCGGUAUUGUGUUUGGGACAAAUAAAUGUAUCUUAAUCUUAAUCAUAAUCAUAUUCAUUUUAAGGAUGUUUUUAUGGGGGUUUGGUAAAUUUAAAUUGCUUGGGAUUUUAAAGCUAUAUCUUAUCAUACGUUGUUAUUUAGUAUUCACAUGACAAUGUACGAGUUGCAACUUGCUAUAUAACCCAAAGAUUAGAGCAAGCAAAUCUUAUCCUAUGUAUUUCACAUGUGUUUUAGAUGUUUUAAAGUUAGUCUGAAAAAGUUACAUAUUUUUGUCUGCCAUUGGUUAUUCAAAUCGCUACAACAAUCAUAAAUGCCAUCAAGAAAUCUAGAUUUGUAAUAAGUAUAUUUCAGGCUCAGUUGUGUUUAUUGUUUCUUAUAUCACAUUUAAAAUGGGAUUUUCUAGCCUUUUAACUUUGAUUGUAUUAACUUUAAAAUGAUAUAACAGUCUUAAACCAUAUGAUUGAAACUCAAGAGAUGCUCUGUUGCUUUCUGUUGUAACCACGUGAUUGAUACAAGCUGCUUUUAAACUGAAGAGCAUUCAUCUAUUCCAAUGUGAUCCUCAACUAAAAAGGAAUUUUGUCUUUAUUUUAUUUGUAUGUGUUAAUUUUGGGGUUUGGGUGAAGGUGUGGUGUGGGUGUGGGUGAGGGGUUUGGUUGUUGAACUAUAAGUAUCUAUGUUCAGAUAUAUGGUAUAUAUACACUGUCUGACAUUUAUCACUGAACUUCCCGUGCAAGUAUAUUUGAGAUUUAUAGGGCACUGUAGACCUGACAUUAUAAUCCCAACCCUUAAUCUGCACUGUCUAUUCCUUUAUAGAAUGUUCCGUUCUAUAUUCUUUGGCUAUUCAUUGCUGCGUGAAAAUCUAAAAAUAAAUCA